GGUGGCGACGCAGAAGCUUUCCUGCGACUUCGUGCUGCCUACAAGGCUCUGGCGUCCAACUCGAAAGAGUCCACGCUGUUCUUGCUGGCCUAUGGCGUCUUACGAUUCACGAUGGGGCCGCUGGGACUGUGGCGACUUUCUUAUCGUGGCUUCGCUCUAGACGCGUGCGGCUUUCGGCCCCGACCGCGGCGGACGUUCUUGUAAAGCACGGCAGCUCGCUCGUCGGGAAGAAGGUCCUGGUGACGGGUGCCUGUAAUGGCAUUGGCUUCGCUGUGGCUCGGGCGCUGCUAGAUGCAUGCCCUGAUUGCAGGCUCAUGGUGAAUGGGCGCAGCAUGGAGCGAGUCAGUGGGAUGCUUUCCCAACUUCCGGCGCAUGCACGGAGCCGUUGCGAGGCUGCGAUUGCCGAUCUUAGCAGCCUCCGGGAGGUGGACGAGCUGUGCAAGAAGUUGGCCGAAUCUCCUCCAGAUGUAGUCGUGUGCUGCGCCGGCAUUGCGACCCUUCCGAGAUGGACGCCGACUUCAGAUGGAUAUGAGAGUCAGUUUGCUGUGAAUCACCUGGCUCAUUUCCAUCUGGUCUCCUCCCUGGUGGAAUCUGCCAAGCAUAUCCGUGUUGUGAUGGUGUCAUCCGACCUACAGCGAGUGGGGCAGAAGUUUUUGCAAAUUGAGCUUGACACCAUCAACAGCAAGAGCCACUACAGCUUCAUUGGCAACUAUUUGGCGUCAAAGUACUGCAAUGUCCUCUUCGCACGUUCUCUGCACCAGCGGAAGGUCGAGGCUGUCAGCUGCAGCCCAGGUGAAGUGGCCACCGAGAUCGAUCGACACCUUCCUUGGCUGAUUCGUGUCGCCUUCCGUGCCUUCCGCCGAGCGCAGACGCCCGAGCAGGGUGCUGCCACCGUUGCCUACUGCAUGGCGGCUGACGUGGUAUCUGGUGGCUUCUAUGCGCAGUGCGCGCUGACAGACCUUGAAGGCCCAGCACUGGAGGGCAAGCUCUGGAGCUUCAGUGAGAGCCUGGUGGCUGCGGCCCUCGAACGUGAUGGUGUGAUUCUCACGCCGGAAGCACCAGCAAGGCGCCUGCGCUGCAAAACUCCACCGGAGCAGGCGGGCUGCUGGCUGGAAGCAGCUACGUAUUUCUAUGCAUAUGGAAGGACACCCUCCCAGCAUCAGGUCAGUGCCAAAAAGGUGCAGAAGGAUGGCACGUCGAAGGAGCUCAGCCUUAAUCAGGUCCUGCAGCUGAUCUGGCUCUUCGCAUUUGGCCAGACGCAUAUCAAAACCCCGGUUCCGUCCAGUUGA